GCCACAUAUUUUUCCCACUAAAUAUAGCCUUUAAUCACUCAAUGAAAACACCUAACUGUGCUCACAUCUUGCACAGGUGAGAAAGCAGCAGCGAUGCACGUCAAUACAAGACAGCCAUUGCAUUAAAAUAAUCCCAAAAAUGGACUUAAUAAUGACAUAAUACCAUAGUAAUAGUCGGUGCAGCUGCAGGAUUUAAACUCAAGGCAUCUUCUUUUUUUGGGAGCAAGCUUGAGGGGACAUAAUUGACCAACGCUAAUUAGUCGCCUUAUAAGGAGGAUACUUUCAGUUACAGCGCGAGCACCAUUUCCGGGCUCGUGUCGGCGGCUAUAUAGUGGAGCGAGACGUCGGUGUGAGGAGCACCGGGAGCACGGCGGUGUCGGUGAGCAUACCGGGACUGGUGGAGGACAGCAUGUCUACGGGAAAAGGUGCAGGGAAACCCGCCUCGCUGUGGGACAACACACGGGUGCGCUUCGCCGUAUGUUUCCUCGGAGUCUUCGUGUGUUACUUUUACUACGGAAUACUGCAAGAGACCAUCACUCGAGGUGAUUAUGGUCAAGGAGAGAAUAAGGAGAAGUUCAGAUUCGCCCGGACGCUGGUCUUCAUCCAGUGCAUCAUCAGUUCUCUGUUUGCUAAACUCUUGAUCCAGUUUUUCGAGGGCUCUAAGCCAGAUCACACCAAGAGCUGGCUCUAUGGGCUGUGUUCCCUCUCUUAUCUCGGAGCCAUGGUGUCCAGUAACUCUGCCCUUCAGUAUGUCAACUACCCGACACAGGUGCUGGGGAAAUCCUGCAAGCCCAUACCAGUGAUGAUUCUUGGUGUGACAAUACUGAGGAAGAGAUACCCGAUGGCUAAGUACCUGUGUGUGCUGCUGAUUGUGAGUGGCGUGGCUCUCUUCCUGUAUAAACCCAACAAGAGCUCAGCUAUGGCAGAUGACCACGUUUUUGGGUUUGGAGAGAUCCUGUUGCUGAUCUCUCUGACAUUGGACGGUUUGACUGGCGUGGCCCAGGACCACAUGAGGGCUAAAUUCCAGACGAGUGCCAACCACAUGAUGCUGAACAUCAACUUGUGGUCCACUCUGGUGCUGGGACUAGCGGUGUUGUGGACUGGGGAGGUUUGGGAAUUCCUGAGUUUUACUGAACGCCACCCGAGCAUCUUUAGCAGCAUUCUUCUGUUUGGACUGACCAGCGCUUUAGGCCAGACCUUCAUCUUUAUGACGGUAGUGAACUUCGGACCGCUGACCUGCUCCAUCGUCACCACCACGAGGAAGUUCUUCACCAUCCUUGGCUCGGUUCUUCUGUUUGGUAACGUCAUGAGCUCGAUGCAGUGGUUCGGCACCAUCCUGGUCUUCCUCGGUCUCGGAUUGGAUGCUAAAUUUGGCAAAGGCCCCAAGAAGACGACACACUGAAACCACCUGAAGUACACGAGACACGGAGAAGGAAAAACAGAAAGCAUCAUUGCAGAUCAAAUGCAAACACUCUAUAGCCAGUAUCUUAUAUUCAUAAGACAUCCUGUAAAGGCAAACGUGUGCCUGUGAUUUGUUCAAGUACAGUCAGAUCUUUAACUUAACUGUAUUUAAAAAAAGAAAAAAAGAGUUUUUGUCAUUUUAAACUCCAAGUUUACUGAUGUGUUGAAGGUUUAUUUUACCUGGGAUCAAAGCCUGAAUGAACUGUCAUGAAUCAUUAACAUACGGUUUUGUCGUGCUUUAUGUGAAGGAAUUUGUACAGGUUGAAAAUAAUGUAAACAAAUCCUUUUUAUUGUUUCUGAAACCAGCUUCACUUCACUCGGAUGAAAAGUGAACCAAACAAAGGCCUCAGAAAAAAAAAACAAUUCCAGCAUUUAACUCAUGAACUUAUCACCAAGAAAAGCCUGUGUGGCACAUUGUUGCUUCAAACUGUCUAAUUUUAUGAUCACGUACGGUAUGUAGUUUAUUUCUUGGCGAACAAUCAGCCAAGUAUCAUGUCAUUUAUAAAACAUAAACGGUUAUGUGUUGUCUGUUGUGUUACGUCCAAUCUUACUAUUGAAUUGUUUUUACUUUUCUUUUCUACAAGUUGGAAAUAACUUGACAUAAAAGGGAAAUUGUGA